AAGGAGGAGAAAGAUAAAACAGGAAAGAGAGAAAGAACGACGCUCACCUAUUACAACCAGUGAGCACAUCCCGUAUUUGGCAUAGCAACAGGCGAGCCUCUGGCCAGCGGGAGGAAGGGCAAGGCGGGCGCGGAGAGGUUGCCAGUAUCUCAACGUCGCCUCCGAGAUGGAGGUCCUGCUUUUCGUGAUCUUUGUGUCGGGGAUUUGCGUGGCGUCGGCUCAGCACGAUUGGCAACUAGCUGCUCAGAAUUGCCCCUUGGAUACCCCCUGGGGAGCAGGCAACUUCAGUGACUCCGAUUGCGAUGACCGAGAUCCACUCUCUUGCAACAGUCUAGGAACCUGUGUAUGCGGACAAUGCAUAUGCAACCAAAGGGAUGACCCGCAGGAGGUUGUCAGUGGGCGGUUCUGCGAAUGCACCAACUUCCUUUGCGAUCAGUAUUUAGGACCUCUCUGUUCGGGGCCCGACCACGGCCAGUGCGUUUGCAACAAGUGUGAGUGCAAACCUGGAUGGUCAGGAGACGAUUGUGCGUGUGAUGACAGUGUUGAGAAUUGCAGAAACCCUCAGACGGGGGAAAUAUGCUCGAACCAGGGGGUUUGUGAGUGCAAUAGCUGUGGGCAGUGCAGUGUGGUAGAAGGUGGGAGGUGUUCUGGCAGGUGGUGUGAAAACUGCCCGACCCCACACAGGAGGGGGAGAGGGCAGAGGGAGAGGCAUAGGAACAAAGAGGAGAGGAAGCAACGAAGAAGAGAAAGGAAGCAAAGGAAGAAACAUAAGGACGGAGGUGAAGAACCGGCAGCUGUAUCAGAACAUCGGAAAUCAGCAGCUGAGUUAUGCCCCGCGGAUGCUCCCUGGGGACCGGAAGCCUUCGAUGACUCCUACUGCAAGGAAACAGAGGCAUCGAGGCCAUGCAGUGGUCGAGGAACCUGUACGUGUGGAGAGUGUAACUGCAACGAAAGGGAUGACCCACAGGAGCUUAUUAGUGGGCAGUUCUGCGAAUGUACCAACUUCCUCUGUAAUCGAUACAACGGACUUCUUUGUUCGGGGCCCGACCAUGGCGAAUGCAUUUGCGAUAAGUGUCAAUGCAAACCUGGAUGGGUAGGAGAAGCUUGUGAUUGUGAAGACAGUGUGGAGAACUGCAAGAACCCUGUCACUGGAGAAAUUUGCUCAGGCCAUGGCAUCUGUGACUGCAAUAUGUGUAUAUGCAGUGCUACAGAAGAUGCGAGGUAUACCGGCAGGUGGUGUGAGGACUGUCCAACCUGUAGAAGCAAAUGUUCUGAGUACAAAUCUUGCGUUCAAUGCCAGGCCUUUGGCACUGGUGAUUUAAGCGAGGAAGAGUGCAUGCAUCAGUGCACGUUAUUCAACUCUACAGUGGUUCAAGUUGUCGGAGUGGAAGCAGAGGAAGACCGUUUGUGCACCUUCUUUGACGAGAAUGACUGUCGCUUCCUCUUUGUUUACGGCUAUGACAAAGAUCGACACCCGUUUGUGCGAGUGCAGCAAACCCUCGAAUGUCCUCCAGUUUUUGGAAGUGGAACAGGUAUUCCAGGGCCGUGGAGGAAGGCCCAAAGGUGUUUCGCGAGGGAGGAAGACCCGCGCCCCCCCGGCCACUGCGAUCAGCGAACCCCCCGCUUCCAGUACGUGGCCGAGAGAGACCGGUGCGAGCCUGUCAGUGCCUGCGGUGGAAAGGCAGGCACGUUUCUUUCUCCUGAAGAGUGUCAGAGAGAGUGCCACACCGGAGCGCCGCCUGUGUCUGACGCCUCCUGCGACCGGUCCCAGUGCCCUUGGUCGAGAUGGUCUCACUACCUGGCCAAGAAAUGCCAGCCUCUCUAUGACAAGGGAUUCUGCUGCCCGACUGGCUUCUCGUGUCCACAGGGCACACAGCUGAUGCAGAAUUCGACCAGGUGUUUCUACAGAGGGUCAUUUUACCUGCCUGGAGAAGAGGUGCCUUUAGGAAAUGACUGCCUUGGCGCUUGUCACUGUGUAGUUGAUGUUUUGCCCGAUAUCAAGUGCCAAGUCGAGUGCCAUGACAUGAAUCAACCUGGGCCAGGAUGCCGUCAUCUGUUCAAGCCUGGUGCAUGCUGUCCGUAUGCCCAAGACUGCGAAGAAGACCAAAUUUUUCCCCGAGACCAAAGAGACACGGUGACCUGUUCGUGGGAAAAUAAAACAUACCUCGAAGGUGACCGGAUGACCUCGCAUGACCUUCCUUGCCAGGCGUGUGUGUGUACAUCAGCUUUCACCAACAUUACAGGAUAUGGUUGUUACAGGAUGGACUGUGGGCUGGAGAGGUAUAUUUCAAAGUUGCAAAGUGGCUGCACUCCAAUUUACUCUGAGAAAAAGUGCUGCCCAAUUGACUGGCUGUGUCCCGGUGACCCACGUAUCUCCCGUUCAUCGAUCAACAAAGCAAUGCGAAAACAUGCAGCCCCUUCCCAGUCCACGUGCCGCCUCGGUGACCUGACCAUUGCCACCAGGUCGCAGGUCAAGAUCAGAGGAAGACAGGUCAUCUGCAAGUGUGUCACUCCGCCUGAGUUGACCUGCGUUCGUUACGGGUCACGCGCGGAGGCUCAGGAGGGUUCCAGGAUGAGGAAAGCUUAG